UCCUCGUUCAUUAUACUUGAAACCUUAACCAGAGUCAGAAUGAACUGCAGAGCAGGUUUUCUGAAAGUUGUGUGUGUCUGGCUGUUGACUGUGACGUCCAGCUCAGAUGCAGAACGCACACCAAAGAAAUACACUGCUGGUGUUUCUUGCAAGCCGGUAGAGCUGACGGCCCUCACCAAAGCUCUGAUGGAGGCCAGCUUGAAAAGUUUUGAUGAAGCCAAUGGGAAACACCUUGGCACCUGGUCUCCAGGCUUCCCCGAGCUCCAUGUUGACGAGAACUCUACAAUCCUUGGGCCAACGGUCCAGUGCAGCCUCCUCUUCAUGUCUCAAGGGCUAAAGGAUAUCCUGCAGGACCAGAGGAGCAACCUGAACCCUACAGAUGUUUCACUUCAUAAGGAGCUCAGAAAAACCAUCGCCAGCGUUGACAUGCUCGCAGUGUGCAUGAAGGAAGUCAUCGGAGGAGAGUGCCCCUCCACACCAUCCCCUCCAAACAUGCCCAGGCACGUGUUUGAGAGGAAGCAGUGGAGUCACACUCUGCUAAAGAGAGCCAGGGGCUAUCUGGACUGGGUGGAGAACAAUAUUCCAACAAAUGAAACGAAAAGUAAAAGAAAAUAUGUAGUUAACAAUGCUACAGUCAAAGGAAAAGAUAAGAUAAAGAGUAGAUUGACACAGGCAACAAGUAGGAAGUACUUGGAGGGGAGCGGGUACUUCUUGUAAUUUCUGGUUGAUUUCAGAUUGAAUUGCAAAGUUUUGUCACAAUUAGUGGCAACUUUCAUUAAAGCUGAAGAUUUCUUUUAAGUUCGGUUCUUGCUUAUGCAUAUAUGUCUCAUUUAAGAUACAGCAUUUAUGGAAAAAUUAAAGCUUUUUAUAUGAUAAAUCAUUUGGACUACUUUUAUUGUUCAGAUGAAAUAUGGCAGAUAAUGGAUCGCCAUCUCGUUUCUGAUUGGUUCAUUUAAGAAACUAUAAUCCUCCUGUCAGUUAUCAACAUUUAUGGCAGUCUUGAGUUUUGAAUCCCACUGAGUAUCUCAAAAAAUGUGUUUUCAUAAUUUUCCUCUCAAGACUUUAUUAAAAUCAAACUAUUCCUCUACAGACUGCAUCAUAAAAUGUUAAAUUCCCAUAAAUGUGCUACUUUCCACCAGCUGACAUCAUUCCCAUGUGACAGUAAUUAAUCAACUCGCCACAGAGGCGAUGAAACAAAGCUCUAAUACAUUUCUUAAUUACGACAGUUUGUUUGCUCAGCCUUCACAAUGAUUAAUUGUUUCACUCUGGCCAUCCAUCCCCUGUGAGUGAGCUGCAGCGCCUGAGGUAAGAAAGCGAAGCUGAUCAAAAUCACCUUCACAGAGCCACCACCAGUUUGGACUCCACAGUUAAUUUGUGGACAGAUGGACAGUGCACAGAGAGGCAGAUAAGUGUCAAAAUCUCAUCAACACAAUACACAAAAACAACACUGUGAGAAAGAUUAAUGUAGGCCUCGCCCUACUCAAAUGAAGUGAUCAAUUACAAUUUAAUAGAAGUUCUGCUUCAUGACGGUGAACUUUUUCAAGUGAGAUACUGUAAAAUUUGAGGAACUUUGUAAAUUUUUAACAGACUUUUGUUGGCAGACAUCUGCUUUUUUUAAGAUUUGGAAGAUUUUCAUCAAAUUAAAAUGUUUAUUUUUUUAAACACAAUACAUCU